GGACGGGAAAGAUAAUGAAUGAAAAGGAAAAGGAUCAUUACCUAGGGUGAAGUAACAUAGCCUUACGCUGCAUAAAAUCUCUCUUAAUGUUACCUGAGUACCUAAAGUAUUCAACGUAACUCAUUUACAUGAAUACGUAUGUUACGUUAUCCCUUAUAAUAGCUAUAAACGAGGGAAAUCUAUUUGCAAAGUAUUCCAUACCACUGGGAACAAAUUGAACAAUUUCACGAUGCAUUAUAAUAGUUGUAAAUAAAGAAGAACUUUUUUUUAUUUGGAAGUUCUCAGUCCGUCGUAGAUGGAUCCUCUAACGGGACCACCACAGCGCGAAGAACAUCAAAGGGCCUGAAAGCGUCUCAGCCAAUGUCUGCGACAGCACUACCAUUGGUGGCAGAUGGAAUCUAAAAUAAUUCCCUAUGCCCUUAUCGUCAGAGCAGAUUCCAGAACUACUACUUACUCUCCUAACUUUGGAGAGAUCUGGAGCAUAUGCCUGCUCACCGAGACGCCGUUUUUUGUUGCUCGAUCCACCGAAGAUUACCAUUCUAUGUUCAUUGCCCUCUAUUUGGUUCCCUCGCUAUGGCGAGCCUUCUUGAGUAAGAGCCCUACCAACCAGAGAGCCGAGAAAUCCACUUUUGUCUAUGAAUGAAUAUGCUAUCAACACAAUUCCACGGCCAUGCGAAAACGCAUUACCCCAUUCUAUGGGAAAACGAGAAAGAAUCUCGGCCGGCUUCCAAAAGGCAAAUACGGGGUACAUCAAAGCGGAAGAUCGUCAUCGUCGUAAGGUGUCGCCGCGUCUGUAGCACGGCACUACUCUAAGUGAUGAAUAUCCCCGAAGGAUGCUUGGUCAAGAUACUGAUUUGACCUCCAAACGUCUCACGUAGCUGCUCGCAUAUGCCUCCUCGCAGUCUUCUAUGGGUAUCAAGUUGAGAGGAGAACAGCCGAAAUAAAGACAGAUGCCAUCUAUCGUAUGCCAGAGUCCUAUCACGUAGAACUCGUAUCUGCCGAUCCAGAUUGGAGGCUGGAAGUCGGGUAUGCCGUAGAAAGGAGUAUGUCGAGGGAAGUGUCGAAAUGCCAACUAAAAAAAGAAAAGACCUGCGUAA